AUGCUUUUUACACCGAUUUACAUUGCAAUGACUUUUAUUAAAACUUGGCGUAUUCGGUCAUUUAGAGCUCGUCUUUUGGAGUUUCUGAGUGGUAACACGAGUGUUGCAUUUUGUAAAGUGCCUGAAAAUGCUGCAGAAACACCAACCCUGAGCUCAAAAUUAUGCACGAACCCAAAAAAUGCAUAUUUGUGUGACCUUCUCGACUACACAAAUGCCUCAAGGAUAUGCAGUAUGAAACCCACCCAGUGUAUAGAAAUUAAUGAUUGGGUCUCCUGUACAGGGGGGUUGCCCUUGGGUUCUGAAGACACCACACCAAUAUCUGAUUUAGAUCUUGAAUUACUAUUGGAAUGUGAAAUGGAUCCACAUGAAGACAGCUCACAGCACAGUAUAAUUAAUUUGGAAACAAUGGGGAAGCCAAUAGCAUGGAAGGCAGGUUCUCAUUUGGCGAUAGUUUUAAAAACAAACAUUGAAAACCUUAGUAUUGUUGGAUUUAAUUUUAUUGGUGGAGAAUACAUCAUUGACCAUAAACUACCGGUUGUUAGGAUACAAACUGUUCAGAUAUCUGGAGAACCAAAUAAAGCUACUGAUUUAUCAAUGAGAGGGCUCCGAAGUGAAAUUCAACAUAGUCUUAAACAAUCCAGAGAAGAAUUUCAGUGGCCUGUACAUGCUGCACUAUUACGUAAACUGUCAAAAGUAGUCGAUAUUAAAUCUGAUAGGAGGAGUGCUCCGGAAAUGAAUGGUGGAAGUGACCAAGUCUAUGAAUCAUCUGUCAGUAGACGAAAUGUUACACUAACUGAUGUCAGUACCAUCACAACUAAAUCUUUGUCUGCUGAAGAUGUCAAUGAGCCAGAGACCACUAAAGCGUCUACUUAUACUGAAAUCAAAGUGUCAGAAAAAUCGCCCGAAAAGGUUCCAGAGAAGCCAUUAGAAACUAGAAAAAUUACAGUUCCCGAAGAAGUAGUUCUUGAGAAUGUUACUGUUGAAAUACAACACAACAUAACACCCAAGAAGUCUAGUCUGAAAUUAGAUCUAAAGAAGGGAACUAGUCAGAUUUCAUCUUCAUUGUUAAAUAUUUCAAGUCAGAUAAAAUCUAUUACAACUCACAAGCGAGUAGUAAGUACAACUGCGCCAAAACGACCACAAAGCCAGAUGGAGACAACUACUUAUAUAAAAGAAGAAACUCCAACAAGUUCUCCGUCUCAAAUGACGCCAAAGUCCACAAAAAGUUCCCGUCCAUUAGUGAAUACUAAGUCGCCAAAUGUUUUAAUUUAUUCUGAUAGUGUAGUGGCUAGAGAUAACUUGGAAGCAUCUUUGAAAAAAGUUUUAGAUUGUGAUAGGUAUACGGUGUAUGGCGUGUCACGUGAGACGCUGUGCGCUGGCGCAUGGCGAGGGCGAGCCGCACUCGUGGCGGUGGCGGGCUGCGCCGGGCGCGCCGCUCCGCUGCUGCUGGCGCACCUGCUGGACGGCGGCCGCCUGCUGGCGCUCUGCUCCGACCUGCUGCACACCGUGCUGCCGCACUACAAGACUGCCGAGAUUAGAGAAAAUGAAGUAGUUCAAUUCUCGUACGAUAAAUGGAAGUCAGUCAAAAUGAAACAUCAUAUUUUCUGCUAUCAAGCUUCGCCGGCUAAAAAACAGUUUUCCACUGAGAGCGAUCGACAGCCAUCAAAGUAUACGGGUCAUCCUGGUCACGAGUUGGACAUCCAAGUAUUGGCUUCAGAAGAGACCUGGCGCACACCGUCCUUGCUGCGAGCUACAGACUUAACUAAUAAUGGCGUAGCGAUAUUCUCGCAGAUUCAUUUAGAAGCAGAUCCAAGCGACUAUCUAGGUGAGGAGGGUAUUCGAAGUAACGAAGCUAGAUUAGAAAUCCUUCACAAAAUCCUAGGAGACAUUCUAGGUCUCCAUGUUAAGGACUCCCGGGAAAUAUCUCAAAUAGAAUAUACACGGGGCUAUUUCCUCGGAAACCACGUGCAAAAAAUGUCGCUCGUGGACAGUUGGUGCCCGGCGGUCGAAGGCAGGCGCGUUCAGAAAUUCGACGACUUUACGAUACAGUGGUGCAUGAGAGAUGAAACGCCCCUCCAACCCCCCUCGGAAAACUUCUUACCUGUUUACCUGUAUGAGUGCCCGGAAAACUUCUCGACUGUUGAGUACUUUGAUAACCUGAGUUCCGUGCACGUGGGGCGCGCCAUGGUGUACGCGGACGUGGUGUCGUCCACGGCGCGCGUGGCGCGCGGGCUGGCGGCGCACGCGGCGGGCGCGGCGGCGCGCCGCCAGAGCGCCGCGCGCGGCCGCGCCGGCAACCGCUGGAUCUCGCCGCCCGGCCAGGCCGCCGUGUCGCUGCAGGUGCGGCGCCGCGUGUCGCGCGCGCUGCCGCUGGUGCAGCACGCGGCGGCGCUGGCGGCCGUGUGCGCGCUGCGCGAGCCUCCCUACGGCGCGCUCGACCUCAGAAUAAAAUGGCCUAACGAUGUGUACUACGGACGCGAGAUGAAGAUCGGCGGCACCAUGACCACAGCCAAUUGUGUCGGCGACGAUGUUAUGGUCGAAAUAGGCACGGGCGUGAACAUAUCCAACAGUAUUCCGACGACAUGCGUCAACGACAUAAUAUCGGAGUACAACAAUAAAAACGGUACGACACUGCCACCGAUAUCGAUUGAAAAGUUCCUCGCUCGGUACUGUUCGCAACUUGAGAUAUUACUGGAUAUGUUGGAUGAUGAUAGCGGAGUUGAAGCCUUCUUGGAACUGUACUACCAGUACUGGAUGCAUAGUGGGGAAGAGAUCAAAGUGAAAAGUAGCGAAGACGGAAGUCCGAUCGAAGGCACUAUAUCCGGUUUGGACUCAUCUGGAUGGUUGCUGGUGAAGACUCCCAGUGGGGAGAUUAAAGUUUCGCCCGACGGUAACACCUUCGACAUCAUGAGUGGACUGAUAGCACCCAAGUUUUAA